UUGUGCCAGAGGUUUAGUUGCUGUUGCAGUGCCCUUUUCGCUUCUCGAGAAGAAGCCAAGGAGAAGGAUAAGAAGCAGUUGGUAAAGAGUGGACUAGACUCUGUCAUAAAUUACGAAUUGAGCAAGGUUGAAAAGAAUUCAGAAAUCUGCCACAGAACUGAGGGCACGGUUGCAACGUGUGUACACGAAAUUCUCUCGGAUAUUUUGCUUUUCCACGCUAAUAACCCCGCAGUUUGGCCACAAUGGGAGUUUGGCAACCAGUAUAUCUCUCGUGUUGCGUCUCGGGUAGAAAGUCGAGCGCACGCUGAGCUCCUGCUGAUGCUUCAGUUAAUUCUACCCGGCACCAACAAUUUCUACUAUGGAGACGAGCUUGGAAUGAAAAAUUUGCCAAAUGGCUCUUCGGUUGGUUCAAAAUAG